GACCCUAGCGACCAAAACAAAUGCUGGCUGUCGACGAAAGAAGUAUAACCUGAGGGUUAACUGUCAAAAUGCUCUCGCUAUGUUUAGUCUGAUAGACGCGGUACUACAUGUCAAUGACUUUGUACGAUUUUGACAACUAGCUGGACAGGUUUCGAGGUGUAAUCAGGGUUUGAUACUGUCCCAAUGCUAUGUUGCUACAGCUUUGCUAGCUAGCUUAGCUGUAGGUAGUUAGUUGCUAGUAGCUGUUAACGAAGCUAAAUUUUGGUAAAAGAAACAAAAGUUACGGUUGAAAUUUCGCGUUCGCACCAGUUUUGUCAUUUGUAACGAAAAAUGUAGUUUUGGUGAGCGCUUUGUGUGGAAACGACAUUCUCCCAUCAGGUUCGUGAUACAGUUUGCGGAUUUGCUAAUCCAGCUAGCUGGUUAAAGCCGCAAAAUGAGUUGGUUCAACGCGUCUCAGCUGUCGAGCUUCGCCAAGCAAGCUUUGACAACAGCUCAGAAGUCCAUCGACCGAGUUUUGGAUAUCAAAGAAGAGGACCAGUGGGGUGACACCAUUCCACUGCCCUAUGAUGAUCUAACUCUAUCUGGAAAGAUGUCAUUAAGUGGAGGAUGGGGGAUGACGCAGUGGGAAGCACCCUUAGAAGAAAAGACCACCACUCCUCCUCCUUCCUCCGAGGCCAUUACUACUCCUGUCACCCGUACAGUUGUGGAUGAAUCAGAAAACUUUUUUAGUGCCUUUUUGUCCCCUGGUGAUCUACAAGGUGUUACCAAAAGCCAGAUAGUGUCUGUACCUCCCGCUAAGUCUCAGAAGCGGCCUCAGGGAAAGGAAAAGAUCACGGAGGGUGAGGUUGAAAGUGGUGUGGAAACUCCAAAGUCAGGAUCUGCUGAUCAGAAUGAAGAGAAACACGAAAUUGAUCAGAAUCAGCUAGUUGAACCAAAGUCAUCACCGGCACCUCCUUUUCCAGAUACCAUCCUCCUGCAGCCAGUUUCUCCCAUUUCAUCUUGUAGUGAUCUUCCUUGUAAUCUUGAGAGCCAAACUUUUGAAAUGAACAAGGUGACAACUGAUUCUGGACAAACAGUUUCUUCGAAAUCACAAACAGAGCAGUUAUCAAUUCCUUUGGACCAACAAGUUGAGCAAGACGUCACAGAUACCUCUGAGCCUUCUCCUGUCACUUCUGAGCCUAACAGUUCGAAGCCUUCUGAUCCGUCACCCCCUGCAGCCUCAAAAGAGGUACCCAUAGAGGCUAAAGACUCGAAGAGAGAGGACCGUCAAAAUGAUACCCCUUCUCCUCCAGUGAGCGCAUUCUCCUCAGGGACGUCUACUACCAGUGACAUUGAAGUGUUGGAUCAUGAGAGUGUGUUGAGUGAGAGUUCAGCAAGUUCCAGACAAGAGACUGGUGAGGGGAAGGCAGGUCUUCACCUCAUGCAGGGCUCAUUUCAGCUGCUCACAGCCUCUACCUGUACCGAUUUUGCCCGUUUGGAGGACUACCCUAAGCUUACAGAGAGCUGUGGCUCCUCCUCGGAUGCAUUUGAGCGGAUAGAUUCGUUCAGUGUGCAGUCGUUGGAUAGCCGGAGUGUCAGUGAGGUUAAUUCAGACGAUGAGAUCUCUGGAAGCCGGACUCUUGCUUCAGUUACUGCAGGCCCUGCCCCCAUAACAGUCAUCUCAUCAGUCAUCUGUCAGAAUGAGGAAGAUGGGGCAAAUGGCAAACAGGAGGAAGAAGAGGCCUUCACUGAGACACUGAGGGAGCAGCCACUGGAUGAUAUGGAGGAGAGUGGACGGAGUGCCACACCUGUCAACAGUGAGCAGCCUGAAGAAUUGACUGAACAGGGAUCUCAGUCCAACAUAACAUUAUGUGAUCUAACCUCCAGUGUUGAUGAAAGCCUCACUCCACCAAUCACAGAGGAGAUGAAAAGUGUCUCAACAGUUCAGAUUUUGGACCUUCAAAAGGUCAUUGAUGAACUGUCAGGACGCCUGGAGAAGAGAGAGUCUCAGCUGUUAACAGUUAGCAAAGACAAGGCUAAGCUGGAGGAAGAGUGCGACAACCUCAGAGAUGAGGUGACGAGCCUGAAGGAGGAGAGCUUCUCUGUACAGUCUCUUAAGGAUGAGUUCACCCAGCGCAUAGCAGAUGCUGAAAGGAAGGCUCAGCUGGCAUGCAAAGAGAGGGACAUAGCCAAGAAGGAAAUAAAGGGUUUGCGAGAAGAACUAUCCACUAGAUUGAACUCAAGUAGUACAAUGGAGCUCAUCAAGGAAAAGGAGGAGCAGAUCAGAGGCCUACUCGAGGAAGGUGAAAAGUUGUCUAAGCAGCAGCUGCAGCACUGCAACAUCAUCAAGAAACUACGUGUGAAGGAGAAGGAGAGUGACACAAUGAUCACCAAACUGAACAUGAAAAUCGGGGAUCAGGAGGACGAGCUCCGGCACCUGCAGCAGGUUUUGGAUGGGAAAGAGGAGGUGGAGAAACAGAACAGGGAAAACAUCAAGAAACUAAAUGCUGUAGUGGAGCAGCAGGAGGAGCAGCUCAAUCAGCUGCAGACAGACUCUGAGGAGAUGCUGGAGAAGAACAGGAGCCUCCAGGCUGCUUUGGACAACUCCUACAAGGAGCUGGCAGAACUACAUAAGGUGAAUGCCAGCAGAGCCAGUGAAGCUGAAGAGGCAGCCCUGAGCAGGGAAAUUCAGGCCAAGGAGCAGCUAAGCCUGGCCCUGGAGAAGGCCCAGGAGGAGGCCAGGAUGCAGCAGGAAGUCCUGGCCAAUCAGGUGGCUGACUUGAGAAUGGCUCUGCAGAGGGCUGAGCAGCAGCAAGCAAGGAAAGAAGACUAUUUGAGAGAGGAGAUCAGUGACCUGCAGCAGAGGCUUCAAGAGGCAGAGACUAGAAACCAGGAACUUAGUCAGAGUGUCACAUCAGCAACACGACCUCUCCUGCGACAAAUUGAGAACUUACAAGCACUGGGGGGUCAGACAGCAUCCUGGGAAAAACUGGAAAAGAACAUCUCUGAUAGGCUAGUGGACGCUCAGGCACAGCUGGCUGUUGCUGUUGAAAAAGAGCGUUCAGCAACAGAAGAAAUGCUGUCCAUCAAGUCUCAAUUAGCUUCUCUAGAGUCCCAGAAUUCUCUUGUCCGCCAAGAGAAGGCCCGACUCCUGGCACAGCUGGAGGCUGAGAAGAACAAACGAGAGAAACUGGAGGAUGAAAGUAGCAGAGAACAUGCUGAAUUAGAAAAUCUACGAGGGGAACACAAUCGAAUGCUAGAAGAGACCAAGAAAGAAAAGCUUCUCCUUUCCAAUCAGCUAGAGAUGGAGAAACUGAAGGUGGAGCAAGAGAAGAAAAAAUGCUACCUUGCACAAGAAGCCCUGAAAGAAAAGGAGCGUAAGAUGAUGGCACAUCCCGUAGGAGAACCUCCAGCCUCCUCGUCACCCUCCUUGUCUCGCUCCAGUUCCAUCAGCGGUGUAGAAAACGCUGGUCUGCACGUCUCUCUUCUUUCCCAGGAUGACUCUUUAGACCAUUCACUGAGCACCAUGUCUGUGUCUAUGAGCGGGACCAACCUGUAUGAGGCCACCAGGCUGUCCGGAGGCUCCAGUGUCAUAGAGAAUCUCCAGUUUCAGCUCAAACUGAGAGAAGGCGAGAUUGCACAGUUCCAGAUUGAGAUCUCUGGUCUGGAAAGGAGUCGAUCUGUGAUGGCUGAAGAGCUGGUCCGACUCACCAGUCAAAACGAUGAGAUGGAUGAGAAGGUGAAAGAAAUACCUAAGCUAAAAAUUCAGCUGAAGGAUCUGGAACAGAGGCACAACACCAUCCUGCAGAUGUAUGGAGAAAAGGCUGAAGAGGCAGAGGAGCUGAGACUGGACCUGGAAGAUGUCAAAAUUAUGUACAAAACCCAGAUUGAUGAACUGCUGCAGAACCAGAAAUAAAUCAUUUAGCCGCUCCUUGCAACUCUUGCAUUCAGAAAAUGGGAAAAAGAAUUUAAGUUUUAUCACUGUGUCUCAAGAAAGUUCAUUAAUUAUACUGUUAUUUAAAUGGGAAUGCUGGUAUUGUGUACAAUGAUAAUUACAGAAUGAAGGAUUAUUGGUUGGUGAUUCAGGUGUCCAGAUGAAAUCUCUGCGGCAUUAUACAAAUUUUGCUUUCAGCGUAAGUUCACAAUUGAAGCUUUUAUGUCGUAUUGGUUGCAGUUUUUUAAAUGUAGAAUCGGUCAAGGGUCUUUGCACUCUAUAGUUUCAUCAUUUCUUUAUAGAGUAUCAAAAUCAGACUUUUUAAAAGAAAUAUAUAUAUAUAUAAAUAAACAUUGUACAGAUCAUUUUAUGUUCACUAAUUUUAUUCCUUACAUAUAAAUCACAGUGUAUUAUUGUAGACACCAGGGAAGCUUUAUGAUUGGGAUGCUGAAGGUUGGAUUUUAAAUGGUAUAAAUAUGUAAAUGAAUAAACAUUUAUUUGGGUGGUGAGAAGUAUUA